GCAGUUCUCUAGCCACCACAUAGCCGGUCAGGGUCCUUUCAUAACAACAACAUGGCUGCCCUCUGGAGGGGCAGACACCGGUGGAAAAGGACUAAUUGUUUACAAGUUUUGACAAGAAACCUGACAGGGAAGUAUGACUAUGACCUGGUGGUUAUCGGUGGUGGGUCAGGAGGCCUCGCAUGUUCCAAAGAAGCGGCACAGUUGGGGCAGAAAGUCGCUGUCCUAGAUUAUGUGGAGCCAUCUGUUAAAGGUACCAAAUGGGGUAUUGGUGGUACAUGUGUCAAUGUUGGCUGCAUUCCUAAGAAGCUCAUGCACCAGGCUGCUUUACUCGGAACUGCAGUCAAAGAUGCUAAGAAGUAUGGCUGGCAGAUCUCGGAGCCAAUCUGCCAUGACUGGUCCACCAUGGCAGAUGCCGUUCAGAACCAUGUCAGGUCACUGAACUGGGGUCACAGAGUUCAGCUGCAGGACAAGAAGGUGAAGUAUCUGAACAUCAAAGGAAGCCUGCUGGAUGAACACACUGUUAAAGGACUAACCAAAGCAGGGAAAGAGACGAUCCUGACUGCUAAGAACAUUGUGAUCGCCACAGGGGGACGGCCCAAGUACCCCACAAAUAUCCCUGGAGCAGUGGAACACGGCAUCACCAGUGACGACAUCUUCUGGCUGAAAAAGUCGCCUGGGAAAACUCUUGUGGUUGGAGCCAGCUAUGUAGCUCUGGAGUGUGCAGGCUUCCUCACUGGAAUUGGCUUGGACACCACAGUGAUGGUUCGCAGCAUAGCCCUCCGGGGGUUUGAUCAGCAAAUGGCAGGUCUAGUGACAGACUACAUGGAGGCAUAUGGGACCAAGUUCGCAUGGGAGUGUGUCCCGAAGAGAGUGGAUAAGCUCUCCUCAGGAGUUUUGCAGGUAACCUGGAUGGACAACCGCACAGGCAAUGAACACAAGGACACCUACGACUCUGUGUUAUGGGCAGUUGGCAGAGCCCCUGAAACCAAAGCCCUGGGCCUCGACAAGCUUGGCGUGCAACUCGACAAGGAGACAGGGAAAAUAGUUGUGGGCGCUGACGAAUCCACCUCGGUGCCAAACAUCUAUGCUUUCGGUGACAUCGGCGAGGGUCGUCCUGAAUUGACCCCAACAGCCAUUAAAGCAGGAAAGCUUCUUGCUCGUCGACUGGCUCGCCACAGCGCCGAGCUCAUGAACUAUGACAGCGUGCCCACCACAGUGUUCACCCCCCUCGAGUAUGGCUGUGUGGGUCUAUCCGAGGAGGAGGCUGAGAAGAGGCUUGGUAAAGAUGGCAUAGAGGUUUACCACGCUUUCUACAAGCCUCUGGAAUUCACUGUGGCAGAGCGCGAUGCCAGCCAGUGUUACUUAAAGGUGGUCUGUGCAAGAGAUGAUGACCAGAAGAUCCUGGGUCUCCACUUCACUGGUCCAAAUGCUGGAGAAGUCACACAGGGCUUUGCUUUAGGCUUGCAGUGUGGAGCAACAUAUUCCCACUUGUUGCAGACAGUAGGCAUCCACCCAACCUGUGCUGAGGAGCUGACCAAGGUCAACAUCACAAAGCGUUCCGGCUUGGAUGCCACAGUCACUGGCUGCUGAGGUUAAGCACCUCGGUCUCUGAACAUUAGUUAGCACGCAGGGUCCCUCUGUGGUAGAAAGAAGUUAGCCUGGGUUAAUCCUGCUCGCUCUCCUCAUCCCUCUCCUUCUAAAUGACCCCAGUUUCAAAAUGCACUUCCUGUGCUACAGGGUCUCCUCACAGGCCAUCACUGGCUGCCCAGGUUAGUGUCACUAAUAUGUCAUGUAAUAACGUGACCAUGAUUAUCCCAUAUACAUUCAGGCUGUGGGUGUAUGCUCUUAAAGCAUGGAGCUAUAGAUCAGGUUUGUGAGAGCUCUGGCUGCAGAGCGAGUGUCUUUUAAAUAAACAGGCUCAUCAAUCAAGAUUAAAGCCUGCGCUCAUGGUUUUGUUGAAAUUGUACAAGAACCGUGGACCGAGCCCGAACGUUUUUCUGAAUAUAUAUUCUGCAAAUAUUGUUGUUUCUCCGGCUGUACUUCCUGUCCAUUAGUCUUGGAGGUGACACAUACCAUACACCCCCCCACAAACCCUCUCCAUGACACUGAUGGAUAGCCCCAGGGCCGUCGCCACAGCGACACCGCCCCAUUUCCCAUGGACACACACAAACAGUUGGCAGGCAGCCUGUCAGUCAGCCAGCUCAGACCUGGCCAGGGGGCCCUGGCUUGUUUAGGGCCCAGCAGACCCUUUCCUUUCCCUCCCAUGCCCUUCUCCAUCCCAGUGUAUGAAACUACAUGGGACUACAAACAUGUGCUGUCAAAAGCGGUGCGGAUGCCACAGCCCAGACACAGGAUAACCCACUGAUAACAGAGCUCUGCCAUAACUGUACUACUCAGCCUCACCCAAAGGUGGCACUAUUGCCCUCCAGUUCUUCCCUUUUUUUCUUAGCCAGAAUAGAAGACAGGAUAAGGUAGUCACUGGAUAAAACAUAAGCCUGAAUGCAUUCAGGUUGCACAUUUAAUCUCUUUAAUCCCUAUAAAAGAUAUGUGCUUUUGGAAGAAGUUUGACAGCAGACUGGCUUUAUUGGUGCCAAACUGAUAAGGGUUAUCUGUUGUGUAUUUUCACGGAUGGCAGGUUAGGCCUUAAGAGUCAUCACCCUUGGAGAUAAGGUGAGUUGUUUAUAUCAAUAAAGCAGUAAUCGACCCUAACAGUUGGCCAAAGUGCCCAGAUGUUCAACCUGUUGGCUGUACUGGACAUCUUGGCCUUAUUAAGUAGAGGAUGAGGGAGGAGGAGGAGUGUCAAAAAGUGGGUUGCUACAGAAAUUGGGGGACCUAAGAGGAGGCUGCUGGGUGUAGUUUAUUUUAUUUUGUACGUCUAAUCUGCCCAGUCUGAUUAAUGAUUUCGAUGAGGGGACUGACAGUGUGCCAGGAGAUGGGGAGAGGAAAAAGAGAGAGCGAGCGAGGUACCAGGUUUGUUUGGGCCAGGGCCAGCAGAGAGAGGGAGAGAGAGCUGAGUUUCAGCUCUGGUUAGGGAGGGAAGUGGGAUUCCUGUGUGCUCUGUUCAGGGCCGAGGUGCUGACUGAAGGACCCUGACCUCCGCUCAGCAGGAACAGCUUGACUCUAUCACUCGGAGCACAGAGGGCUCACAUGCUGCAGCGCUGCACGGCAGGGGCCUGGGGGGCACAGGGCGGAGCGGAGGGGGUGGAUGGCCAGGGGACGGACAGAGCCGACCAACCAGCCAACCAACACAACACUGAGCGGUAGCAGCGUGUUUGCCCAGGGUAAUUGAGUCUAUGUUCCUGUGCUUAACGAGCCACUUCAGAGACCUCAGGGUGGGCCCAAGGCUACGUGAGGGAAGUUAUUGAGGCCAUUAGUGUAACUGUAAUGUCUGUUUGCUUUUUACCCUCUACUUCCCUUCUCCUUUCUCUCAUCUGCCGUUAUUUAUGCACGGUAUUGCUGCACACACGCACAUAAUCAAAGUCAUUAUUUGAUUUGUUUUAUUUAUUCAUUCAUCUGUUUGAAUGAUAUCUGUUCAUUGUUGGUGAUCAGUCGAUCCAGGCCCAAGACUUAACCAUUUAGCCUCAGCUGUGCCCCACGGAGGGGGUCAGGGUUCAACUUUCAGGUCGGCCAGCUAAUGAUGACCUGCACUAAAACCCAAAACUGGGGAGUGCAAGCCUGAUGUCACCUGGCUGCCAACUUUAGUCAUUGUAAAUAGAUAAGUUUAAUUUUCAUGAAAGCUUUGUAUACAUAAUUUAUAUGUAAAGCAAUAACAUAUUGGAAUUCACAGUGUCACCAUUAAAGUAAUGAUGCCUACUAACUGAC